ACAGUGGGUUACUGUUGUGAUUAUUAUUUGCAUACACACUUCGCAUAUAUAUUUAUAAUUUUUGCAUAUAAUGGCAGACGUUGAUGAGAUUGUUUCAAAAUUUAACGCCCUGAGUACGCGGAAAGAUACAAUAGAUAAGUCCAACUCUGCAAAAUGCUUCCCAGGGGCAAAGGUUGGGUGUUGUACAUAUCCAGACGAUUUAAUAAUGGAAUAUGUACUCCUCAAUGAAGAUAUUUUAGGGACUAAAGACACUCAGGAUGCUUCGUCUGGUAAUAAGGCUGGUUCCAACCAUAGGAUAAAUGUUCUUUCUGAUGAAAGGAUUUUGUACAUUUGUGAGAAUGUAAUAUGCGUUAUCUGCCAUCACCUGAUAGAGACUGGUCAAACAAAUGCACUGUUAGGUGUGUUGGUUAGAAACGAAGAUUUUUUUUCGAUUCUUCCUCAGGCUAAGACGGCCAAGAUGAUAAGGUCUAUAUUGGAGCGCCUUUCACAAGAGGUAAAGGAUUUAAAUGUCUUGUAUAAAAUCUUUUCCAUAUAUCGUACUUGGUGUGAUUCUAAAAAACGUAAAUUCUUGGGACUUCGUUUGGAACUCAAAAUAAUAAUUAUUCUCAUACUAAUGAGGAAGUUCAACGCUGCUUCGAAUAGACUCAAUUUAUUACAACAGGAAGUUAAAGCUAUUGAAGACAAACCGUUGCUGCUAGAUAUUUAUUUGGUUCAGGCAAAAUUCCAUCUUCUUCUGAGGAAUUUCAUUAAGAUGAAGGUUGCAAUUAGUAAUGCCAAAAACAUAGCAACAAAUAUUAAUACACCAGUUUACGUAACAGCUGAAAUAGAUCUAUUGUCCGGUAUACUCUAUAUUUGCGAGAAGGAUUAUAAAACUGCGUAUUCUUAUCUCUAUGAAAGUUUUGAAGCGUUCAAUAUGUCACUAUGCAAUACGUACAGCUAUCUUUACCCAGAUUUAAACAAAGUGAAACAAAAAAAGCUAGUAUUUGAUACAAUUAGUACGUAUCAACCUAUGCAUGACGAUGAAUCGGAAAUUUCGCCUCUUACUGAUAAACCUAGGUACAGUUGCCAUCCCACAACAUCGGAUAUUUCUGCAGUUUUUUUUACGUUUUAUAAUUUGCAUGAUUACAAUUUUGGGGUGGAUACCGAAUUACAACAAUACGUUGAUUCAUGCGGGUCUUUCUAUCUCAAACAUAAUACAAUCUCUCAUGAUAUGGAUAAUAUUGAUGAUGAGAGUUAUAGCCUAACCUUUGAAUCUGGAACUAAUAAUGUUGAUAUUAUUACACUAGUACGUGCUGACGAACGUAAACUUGUCCAAUCUUUAAAAUAUUUGAUGCUCUCUACAGUGUUAAACGAUCAGGCGAAUGAGGUAAACACAAUUUUAGGGGCAAAAAACAAACUUAAAUAUUCCAAUCACAUUGAAAUUGUUAUGAUACAAAAGAUAUCAAAGUGUUAUAGGGAAAGCUCUUUGGUUGAUUUUGAAGGGCUGCUUGUGGAUUAUAAGAGCGUAAUUUUACUUGACCCCGUUCUUCAACAUGAAAUUGAAGGACUUUACGAGACAUUAUUGGAAAAGAAUAUCAUUAGGUUGUUAAAACCUUAUAGUGUAGUUGAGUGUGAGUUUAUUUCAAGGAAGUUGCAACUUCCUCAAGAUAAAAUCGAGAAAAAGUUGGCAGAAAUGAUCCUGGAUAAUAAACUCAAGGGCACUAUUGACCAAGGCUCGAGUACUUUGGAAGUAUAUGAGGACUUCACCAUACAGCCAAUUUACGAAGAUGUAAACAAGUCGAUUGGACACAUGACUGAAGUCAUAGAAACAUUGUACGAAAAAGCACAAUGUGCUAUAUAA